AUGAAACUCACCUCCAAUGUGCUAGAACAAGCACAUAUCGUCAUCAACCCCUGUAAACAGCUGACUCUCCAGCUCCGAGACCUCGGGCUCUCGGACAUCGACUGGCUUCCGCCCCACUACGCCGCAGUCGACCUCACCAACAACCUGCUCAUCGAUCUCCAGCUUUCGUCUCCCGCCAAAACUGUCAAUACCCUUAUUGUCAGUAAUAACCCGGAAAUGUACCACCUUGAGUGCACCAGCUUCCCAGCCCUUCACAGCCUUGCGGCCCUCAACUGCAACUUCUCGGUGCGAGAGGUUUCCCGGUGGAAGUUCCCCCAUUUACGACAUUUGGUGAUGCUCAACAACCCCAUCACCCAGGGUGAAAACUACCGAUACUUAAUGAUACAUCUCCUUCCGAGCCUUGAGACACUCGACCUCGAGAAGGUCCGGGCGCACGAACGCCAGGAAGCUGAGGCACUCUUUGCCACCACGUCUGUGGACGACAUAAUCGCCAGCAACUCCACCUCCCACCAGGUGCACUUGGCAGACACUAUUAGUGCUGCCUCCGACAUCCACGAAAUAGAACGGUUGGAGCGCAUGCUAGCCCAACCAUAA